GCCAUCACUUUGGAUAAUGUUGGGCUUACUCACCUGGCUCAGCUUCUUGAUUUGCUACCUUUGCGUUGGCUUGACAGUCUGACAGUUCUACACUCCGAAGCCAAGACUGAUCGCUCAUCUGAAUCUCAGGUAAUCGGGAGUACCAAUGAAGCUAUGAAAACUGGUGGAACCGAAGCUUGGUCACUGACUUCUAUCUAUCCAUACUCGCCAUGUAUAGCUCUAGACUAUGACCGUCUUUCGAUUGACCAAAGUGACGACCGAGCUUCGCCUCUGACUCCCAAAAUGUUGGCUACAACUAACUGCACUGUUACUACUAGCAGUAAUAAUGGAAUUGAUACCCCCAACUAUUAUCUUCAUGACAAAUGUGAAAAAAACAGUCGACUUUACGGUGAAGCCAACAAUGAAAAUGGAGCUAAGGCUAAUUGUUUCGGUGCUGGUGCUGGUUGUAAUCCCAGUACGGAUGACUAUACCAACAACAUUAAUGUUGUUAAGGGAUCUGAAAAUGCUUUUUCUGGAAAUAAAGAAGUUCUCUUUAUUGCUGGAGGCCCAUGUUCUGACCUUAAUGGUGAGUAUGAAGGUAAAAGUGCCAGUAAUGGAGGCCAAGCUCACUCUGAUAAAGAGAAUAUCGGCAAUAAACAUUUUUCUCUUGAAUUAAAUUCAUCACAUGCCGGCCCCCUUACUCCCGUGUACAAGACCAUCAAUACAACACCAAUUGUUAUCUCUGGGCUGGGGUGUAAGGAAAAUAAAGGCCACGUUGAAGAAGAUGCGGGCAAUCCUGAUAAAAAUGUUAGCAAAAUAAAUGCUAAGUACACGACAACAAAUAAGGACUCUCAUAAUGGUAACAGCGACAAUGUCAAAGACAACAAUACCCACAAGCGUAACAACUACGACUCAUUCCCUAGGCCUCUCAAUACUACUGAGGGCUGCGCUAUGACAAGUUGUCGUGAUCUAUUAGAUCAAACUUCAGCCUGUUUUGGCUGUUUGGAUCAUGUGAGCAAUAACCCGGUAGUUCGCAGGUCUGGACAAUUGUGGCGGCCAUUUAUUGCUUGGAGCCUUGGCCAAAAUACUUUAGGCCUUAAGGUGCUGGAUGGAAUCCAAGUAAGUCCUUGA